AUGUUUGCCCUCGCUACCCUGGCGCGGACAUCGCGCAUUGGCCCCCGAUGGACCCAACUGCGCAGCGUAUCAACCCUCGAAAACAACCCGCACAUCGUCCUAUGCUAUCUCCUCCAAUGGGAGUCACAUUCUCUCCCUCCUCCCCACCGAACCCCCAACACCUCCCUCGCCAUCGGCACCACCACCACGCUCCCCCCAACCACCGACUCCCUCCGCGAAAACCCCCGCUUCCUCGAAAUCCUGCAGUCCGUUUUCCGCGAGUACGGCCACCAAGACCCCGACGCCAUCUCCCAGGCCCAGGUGAUGGUGUCGACCUCCGGCGCGAACCUGAGCUCCGGCGGCGUGUUGAUGACGGGCGCGCGCGGCCGCAGACGUCGCGAAAGCGCCGACUCCAGCGGUGGCGCUAGUGGCCAGGGCGGCGCUGGGUCGGCUGGACGCGGCGGCUGGAUCCAUAUGUCGGAUGAGCGGCGGCCGCCGGAGUAUGGCCGGAUCGCGUGGCCUGAGGAUAUCUUUGGGAGUUUGGAGGUGGAUGCUGAUGGGAGUUUUGUGGGUGGGAAUGGGAAUUAUCAGCCUAGUGGUACAUAUCGGCUGGUGACGAGGGAUGGGAUUUUGGGAUUGAGUCCGUUCAUGCGGGAGAAACUGGUUCAGAAGCUACGUGAGAUGGAGUCUCAGCAAUGAUUAUGAUUCUUGGAUAUGGAUCGUGUACAAUACUGUAUCAUAUCGUGUGCAUUAAUUAUCAUGACUUAACUGCUGGACGGUUGGCGUUAUAGAUCAUCUUCGUCC